GGCUUCGUGUAUGUUAUCCAACGUUGUGAUGGCCGGUAGUUAUAAGAGUUUCAUGAAAUUAUUGGAAUCGUGGCCAUUGGACAAAUCCAAAGCUGGCAGCGAUUUGGGACAACAUAUCCGUGAUCAGCUAAAAAUUGCAUUUGCAAAAGGUGACGCAGCUAAUCAACUAGACCUGGAAAAGUGUAAUAGGUAUCACGCAAGUUUAAAGAGAAUCUCGUCAAAUCAUUAUGGACAAAAAUAUAAACGCACUUUGUUGAGCACAGCAAGUGGAUUGAACAGGGAGGAGUGUAAUUUGGCACUGACCCCGGAAAUGUUGGAAUACUUCAACGAAGAAGAUAAAGGAAUAAUUACAAGAUAUUAUAAUAAAUUAAAGAAUCUUAUAGUAAAAGAUGAUAAGAAGAAUUAGACUUACAAGUUUUGUAGACAGAUGUGCUAAGAAAAGACAUUUCAUUGACAGAACGGAUAAGCUACUGGUCGAUAUUAAUUUAUUAUAUUCGGCUAACGCAAGACAAUGUGGUUCACAAUCUGUUCCAAGCAAAAAUCCUCACACGCCUGUUAUGGCACAAGAAGUAUUGACAUACAUAGAACCAUCACCAGGCAAGACAUACAUAGAUAUGACAUUUGGUGCUGGUGGACAUACUGCUAAACUUUUAGAACAUUCACCUGAUGUAAAGAUAUUCGCAUUGGACAGAGAUCCCAUAGCAUAUGAAUAUGCGCAGAAGUUAUCGCAGAAAUACCCAGGCCAAGUGAUUCCUUUGUUAGGUAGAUUUUCGGAAUUGCCACAAUUGCUUAAGCAACAUCAAAUUGGUAGAAACAGCAUAGAUGGUUGUCUGUUUGAUUUUGGUUGCUCGUCAAUGCAAUUUGACAUAGCAGACCGAGGUUUCUCUUUAUCGAAGGAUGGUCCAUUGGACAUGAGGAUGGAUGGAUUCCGAUGUCCGGAGCAAGCUACCGCCGCGGACGUAUUGGAGAGAGCGACAGAAGAGGACUUGGUUCGUAUCAUUAAAAUAUACGGACAAGAGAAGCGAGCGAAAAAAAUCGCGCGUGCCAUUAUCGAAGCUAGAUACAUGUUUAGAAAAUUGGAAACAACGAAGGAACUGGCUGAGCUGGUUGAGUCCAGUCUAGGUGGUGAAAUCAGGAAGGACAGUCUCGGCAGAUUUUCACACAGCGCCACAAAAACGUUUCAGGCACUUAGGAUUUUUGUUAAUAAUGAAUUAAAUGAAAUCAAUUACGGAAUGCUCCUCGCCCGGAUAUACUUGAAACUGUCUGGCCGUUUAAUAACAAUCAGUUUUCACUCGCUGGAAGAUACUAUAAUCAAGAGACAUAUCUCUGGAAAUAUAACGGAUAACCUGGCCAACGUCAUAUCUCUGAAAUAUGCAAAUCGCGAUAAAGCUUUCAAUGAGGAAGAACUUGAACGUUUGACAGAAACGCCGUGGAAAAUGAUGCAUAAGCAUAUUUUGACACCUACAGCUGAAGAAAUCAAAACAAAUCCGAGAGCACGAUCCGCUAAGUUCCGUGCUAUUUUAAAGGUGAAAUAAAUUUUACCUGUAGUAUUCCAAUAAUUCGUAUCGUUCUUUCAUUGUAUAAAUGUUGAGAUUGUAUACUUGUGUACAUGGCACAUUAUUAAAAAAGAUAUAUAGAAAUAUAAA